CGCAACCUUUUUUCCCCAUCCUAUUCAUCUAACAAUCACCUAUUGAAGCUACCUUAACUACUUAGCGAGUUUAAUUCCUACUUUAUUACGCAAAUUUUCGCUAUCGCGUCACCCUGUCGGUUUAGUGUCUUAAUUUACCCAACUUAACCUUAAAAACGUGAAGCAAAAAUGCCACGCGAAGGAACGCGAUCUGCCACCGGCAACUCUAAGCCGCGUGUUUUCCAGACAGUUGACACCGCGCCUGCCAUCAAGCGCAGCACUAAGCCCAAGGUGAAGAAGUCGCCCACCACCACUACCACCACCACCACCAAGCCUGUUGUAAAGGCAAAGGCUGCGAAGCCUACUGGUGUAACCAAAAAGAAGACGGCUGCGCCUAAGAAGGAAGGCGUCGCGACGAAGGUCAAGGCUGCUGUCAAGAAGGCAGAGGAGAAAGUAGAGAAGACGGAAGAGAAAGCAGAGAAGCCUGAAAAGGCCGAAAAGGUUGAAAAGACCAAAAAGCCCGCCCCCAAGGCCAAAACUGCUACCACCACCAAAUAGACAUGAUAUCGUCUGCCAUUAAGUCAGGUCCUAACCGUCGAAUGAUUUAGGCCCUAUCAUUGAUAGCAUAACUGUCUACCAAACCUUGCCAUUUACAUAUACUGUAGUCUUUUAACGGAAGACUCUAGACCGAUCUCCCCCCUACGGCACCGAAAUCAAAGAUGACAUCCAUGUCAUCUCAAUCUACCUUGCGCUGGUAUGAU